AUGGCCUCUAUUCGUUGGCUGGUAUUUUGCGCCCUAGCGUGCUUGAUAACAGUGCAAGCGUCUCAUUCAUCUAGCUUUGGUCUAUCGAAGCGUUCAUGGGAGAAAGGACAACCUAUCACUGUUCCUCUUGCACUGGAUGCUUCUGGAAGACCCGUAGUCCAUGUUAACAUGCAUUUUGGCCUAGCUAUUUCUACGGGAACGGGUUAUACUAUGGUCGCAGGUUCACAGUGCGAUUCCUGCAGUGGUGUUCCUACCUAUAAUGCGUCAAAAUCCACCACUGCCCAAUCACUUGCAGGUGCAAGGUCCGUGGCCAUGCUCAACAACACCGUCGAUGGUCCUCUGUAUAAAGAGGAUUGUGGCAUGCAAACGAUGAGCGGAGGUGUCUGGGCCUAUCCCAAUAUGACCAUCGUCGUCGCUAAUGCUUCUAUGCCGGUGUUUUCUGACGGUGUAUCUGGAGUCCUGGGGCUCGGUACCAACUCUAGGCAAGGCAACUUCUCUGACACGAUCUUCGGCGCAUAUCUGGGCGAAGAUAACGGCGCCACAAGCUUUCAGUAUGGCAUGGCACUGGACGCUCCCGACAACAGUACCAACGACGGCGGUGUCCUGCAUUUGCUCUCCCCGGAUGGGUCCGCGUAUACCGGAAAUGUAUCAUGGAAAGGAGUUCAGCAGGCGUCGAGCAAUGCUGAUGGCACCGGAUUAACUUCCGACUGGAUUAUCGACCUUGAUGGCUGGUCAUUCGCCGGAGGUAGUGGUAGCAUAUCAAAUACUCAAGGAGGAUCGUGCACGGUCGAUCCGUAUUAUCCCAAUGUCUACAUCCCCCAGAACCUCGCAAACGAGAUCUACGGCAGUAUCUCUGGUGCGUCGCAGAUAUCCGAUGCAAGCGCACAUGCAAUAGCCUGGACCGUCCCGUGCGACACGAAAAUGAGCUUCACCGCGGUGUUCGGAUCGGAAUCAUUCACCGUCGAUCAGUCCAUACUUGUCAUCAAUCAGGGCGAUCGUUGUAUCGGAGGCAUCGAAGGGUGGUCCGAUUCAAGCCUCACGGGGUAUCUCUUCGGCGCAAGGUUUCUGAGCGAAGUCUACGUGUAA